AUGGAAGUGGUCGCGCUGGUGGUGUGCGCGCUGGUGGUGAGCGCGGCGCCCAACGCGACACACCGCCGCGACACGCGCGACCAGCCCGCGACUGUCGCGGCGAACAACGCGACGCACCGCCGCGACGUGCACGAGCCGCUCGCGCCCGACGAGGAGGACGACCACACCUUCGAUUACUAUGAUGACGCAAAAAUCAACAUAUCAGAGAAGGGCAUGUACCUGGGCUCCCCGUGCGAGUUCACGUGCAACCCCAGCCUGCUGCACGUGUACUGCGAACCGCGCACCGGCUCGUGCCAGUGCGACCCCAAGCACCCCGUAUCGCUCGGCGUCACCACGGGCUGCGCCAAACCAAAGAAACUGGGAGAGCAAUGUUUCUACGAGGAGACGUGCAACGCAUUCGACCCGCACGCGUCGUGCGUGCAGGUCAACCACAAUGCGUACUGCCAGUGCAACUCCGGCUAUCACACCACUAGCCACUCCAGGCCCACGCAGAGAAUAUUCUGCACUGAAGAUUUGGUGUUGCUGACAGCGGACAUGCCGACGCUGUUAGGAGUAGCGUCGGGUAUCUUCGUGCUGGCCGGGCUGCUGUGCAUGGUGCUACACCUGUACACGAAGGCACGCUACCACCCUGCCCACCUGGCUGACGCGAGGCUAACGCCGCCCUGCUUGUACUCGCUUAAUGACACGGGAGGGACGCUCAGCGGGACGCGCGCGUCGUCCCGCGCGUCGUCGCGCAGCGGCAUGACGAGCGGGACGCUGGAGCUGGACGGCGUGUCCCGGCGGGAGUCGCGGCGCGCGGCGUCCCGCGCAGGUUCGAGACGUCCAAGUCUAAGCUCGGUACAGAGCAGCUCAUCAUCUAUUAGGAGUUAUAGUGCGAAGAAGUGGGAGAGGGAAAGAGAGCAGAAAGAGAGACGGCAGAUGAGCAUGCGUCUCGCUCAGCUGCACGACAAAAUGGCGGCGGGAAGAGAAAUUCCGAAGCAUGCGCCAACGCCGUCUCCUCGGUCGCCUAACAACUCUACUGAUGGGCUGCUACCAUCUGUGUGUGAAAUUAGAGAACUGGUGACCAACUCAGAUCAACAGUUACAAGGCGUGGACGGGCCAUGUUCCAGCACGUCACUUUACUGACAGCAAAGAUCCACGACCAUUAGGUCGAUGGAUUCCCUAUCAUCGGACGGUACGCCGGCCGUCGCGUGGAUGUAGUUCCCAAAAUUUUCAUCAAAAUUCAUUCACUACAUAGGACUCGUGUUCUUACUUCUAAGUCUACAAAGACAAGAGUCUUCCAAGUUAAGGCCAUUUGAGAGUAACGUGGCAGGCCAAAAGAAUCGUGUAAGUGGACACUACAAGCGAAAAGAAAGAUAGUCGAUUUAUACUGGAUCACUCUUACGACAGACAGUGUUGUAUAACUUUUUUGCCAGUUGCUAGCUUUCAUACUCAUACAAGAUUUUUCGACCAGUUCACUAGGGUUGCAGCGAGUUGGCAAUCUAUCAGAAACGUUACACAUUAUGGCAGCUGGUUGUACAAAAGUAGUCUCGACUUUUUACACUGAAGGAAUUUAAAAGGCCUAGAAGAAAUAGAACUUCGUUUACACGGACGUGUUCAGAGCCUCUAGUAAUCUUUAAGGCUUGCGGCUAUUGUGUAAUUUAAAUAAAUUUAUUGAAGCGCUGAAAGUACCUGUCUUGAGUUAAGGCAUUACAAUUUUCAUAUAACUUUAGUACA